AUGGCGUCGUUGAUCGAAAGUAUCAGGCCAAGUGGCUUAGAGCUCACAGACCCCAGUGACAAGAGUUCAACAGAAGAAGACAACAAGGAGUUUGGGAUGCGAGUUUCCGCAAUAUCACUAUCAGACGCAUGGCGAACCGAUCGACGGGUAAUAGCAAAGUUUGCGGAGUACUGUGAGCCGCGGAAAAACGUACCGUUCGAACGCUACCGCUUUAACAAGCUAGUACAAGAAGCGGGCGAGACUAAUGAUCAAUAUCGUACGGCUCUGAGAAAACUUGCCGAGGGAUGUCAGUUUGCAAACAUUACACCGGAUGAGAUAUUGCGUGACAGAUUUUUGUUUGGCGUGCGCGAUAAUAAGGUGCGCGAGCGUUUGUUAAGAGAAACAAACCUCACCCUCAAGAAAACAGACGAAAUAUGCAGAGCAUCAGAAAGCUCGACGGCACAGAUGAAAGGAGUUGGUCAAGCCGAUACCAUUAGCGCUGUGGUUUUUAAUAAGAAAAGCCAACGCCAUCAAGUCUGCCAGCAGGACCGCGUGCGGCAACUGUGGCCGAACACACGAGAGUGGCGACUGCCCGGCCCGUGGGAAAACGUGCAAUGUGUGUGGAAAAGUUAUAAGCAAACGUAUGUGAUAAGCAACGUGUCAGCCGUCACCCUUGACGACUCCCAACUUGUCACGCUACGGCUUGAAUCAGGAAACAGCUUGCAUUUCCAAGCGGACACAGGUGCUCAGUGCAAUGUGGUCCCGCUGAGCCUGUACAAGAAAGCGACGAAUGACAUUGUACUAAGAAAUGUAAAAUCUACCAAGUCCACUAUUUCCGCCAAUGGAGGAUCCAAACUUGCUUUAAUAGGCCAAGUGAUUAUACCGGUGUGGAGAGACACCAAGAAGUUUAAGUUGGACUGCAAGUUGGUCGACAAAAAUGAUAGUCGUCCCAUUCUAGGAAGAAAGGCCUGUUUAGGAUUGAACAUUAUACAGUACAUGGAUAAUGGCGCCAUCAACAAACCGAUCAUCGGCAACUCCACGGUUUAUGCUGUACAUUCCUCGGCAAUCGUGACUAUCGACAAUAUCGUUCAACAAUUCCCAAAUGUAUUUGCAGAUGAGGUCGGACUACUGGACGGCGAGUACCACAUAAAGCUUGACGGUACAGUGAGUCCUGUUCAGCAUGCACCACGACGGGUCCCAGUAGCUCUGAGGGAUCAACUGAAGGCCGAACUCGACAAAAUUGUGGAGCAGGAAAUAAUUGCACCGGUAACUGCACCCACACUUUGGGUGAGUACACUGGUGGUGGUUCCCAAGAAGAACGGCAAGCUUCGGUUGUGUCUUGACCCGAAAGAUCUCAACAAGGCUACCAUGAGGGAGCACUACCCACUACCCACUAUUAAAGAUGUUGCGACACGACUCCAUGGAGCGAAGGUGUUCACAAAGCUAGACGUCCGGAGCGGUUUCUGGCACAUCAAUCUCGAUAACUUAACAUCUUAUCUAACCAACGUUCAACACUCCAUUCGGGCGUUUCCGUUGGAGGCGAAUGCCUUUUGGAAUACGCUCAGCUCCUGA